AUGAACAUUAUGGAGACUAUUCAAAUCAAAACUUUGCUUCCUCCUGUAAAUAGACUUCCUGAGAGUCAUUAUAAGACAAAAAAGAUCUUGGGUGACCUCGGCCUUGAUUAUGUGAAGAUCCAUGCCUUCAAGAAUAAUUGCAUGCUCUUUUACGGAGAUUACAAGCAUGCUAUUUACUGUCCCAUUUGCAAUGGGCCGAGGUAUGAUGGGGAGGCUUCUUCAAAUAAAGGGAAACCUGUUCCUGUAAUGGUGCUUCGUUAUUUCCCGUUAACUCCGAGAUUGCAGCAUUUGUAUAUGUCAUCAGAGACUGUAGAGGAGAUGAGAUGGCACGGUCUUCCUAGGGAAGAUGACGGUGUUCUGAGACACCCCUCAGAUGAGGAGGCUUGGAAAUCUUUUGACUCAUCAUUUCCUUAUUUUGGGGAAGACGUUCGAAAUGUAAGGCUCGGACUAGCAACAGACGGGUUCAAUCCUAGCGGCAAUAUGACUCUGUCUCAAAUAUUUGGCCUGUUAUUUCAAUGCCGUACAACUUACCACCGUGGAUGUGUAUGA